AUUUGUUAUGUAUAAAUGUACAGGAUAGAAGUUAAAAUUCUCAUUAAAAACAUAGUAAGAUCGAGCAAACAACAAGAUGGUUGUCCUUAAUCGGAGAGGCUAGACAUUAUCAAUGUUGAAUAUAGGGUGCCCAUGUGAUUUUGCGUCACAUUAUUAGUACAGACUUUGACUGGUCCGGACCAUUAACAGGUAAGCAUGAACUUGAAUCUGCAGCUUAAACCUUUAAAUUACAGCAAGUUUCUGUUUUAUAUCAUGGCUGUGUUCUAGAUGUAGUCCGGACAAUACGAUACUCAUCUGUUAAAGUCUUUUCCAUCAAAUGUUAGACGAAUACGGAGUCUUCUGCAUAAUUAGAUCAAAAAUUCGUUAUGAAUCAAUGGGACUGUUCGGAUUGUUUGGAUAUGAGCUUAGCUGUGGUCAAGGAGGAGGAUUGCAGGGUCUACAGCAGGAAAAUGUAAUAUUUGGACCAUAGAAGUCGUUAUUUUUUUGGUAGUGCUUGACUAUUACUUUUGACAAACAAUAGGAGGCAAUGAAUAUAUUUGAAAGUAGCCAUGAUAUUGGAGGUAGGGCUAACAAAAAGCACAAACUGGUGGACAUUUUUCUGACCCGAUACCUUUUAGUAAACUUUAUUCCCCGUUUUCUCUGUCACAAGAUUGCAUGCCUAGGUCAAGAUAUCUGCUAUAUAUCUGUUAUCAACCAACCCUCAACCACCAUCCGGGUAGGCCCUAAUUAAUUGUGAACCUGGUGACACCGACUGGGAAGUGGAUGGUGCGGUCCAAUUUAUAAGCACUUAAAUGCUUGGGAGCAAUGCUUCUGGGUAGGAAAAGUGGUUUGCUUUGAAACUUGCACAGGAGUAUAUCAAAAGUGUAAUCCUAAUGAUGAAAGUUGAAGCAACAUUAUAUGGUGCCUCAUCAUUAUGAACAUUUGAAUUGCGGAGUGGUUACUAUUGGUUACUGAUAUUGCUUUUUCCUUCCCAAAGAAACAGCAGAAAAGUCAUUCCCAGGCAUUUUCUUUAUAAAUUCUUGGCAGCACAUGUUACCAUUCUCACUGUCUCCCUGUGUCCAAUUUUGGAGGUUCGAGGACCCUACCAAUAUCUUAGAGCAGAGGGCUAGCAAGAUUCCAAAGUUUCUAUGACCUUAUAUAUAUAGAAUGCAAUCAACGAAUGUAACACAGAAAUGCAUGUUGCUCCAAAGCUGAAGCUAGCCAGAAACCUCAAGGCCCUCGGAGGAAAAAUGCCAGGAUUCUGUAUUUUUCCACUCGGCGGGUGCUUCGAUGGAUGCCGCGACCACACUCAAGGCUCAGGAUUUGGCACAAGGAUCUGGAAUCUAAGUGACAGACCAGUGGAGUUGCAGAUAAGGGUGGGAUCAAUAUUGAAAAAGGUUCAUACUUUAAAGCCAGGGUCUUCAAAGAGACUGAACUGCAAGAGCAUAUACAAGGCUCAUAUGCCUUGUAAGAGUGGCAAUGGAGAUGGAGGAAUGAAGAGUUUGCUGUAUUACUAUGAUGAGACAUGCCACCCAUAUGUUUGGGUUCAUGACAGUGGGGGUGAUUCCUUGAGAAUGGUCAAGCAACAGUACCUUAGUCUUGAUGACCUGAGGAACUACUCUGAGAUCAGAAUCUUUAGGGACCAUCAGAGAGGCUGCAUAUCAGUUCGCAAGAAACCUAGGCCUGAUUUUUGCUAAAUAUUCUACAUUCAACUGAUCUUAGUUUGAAUAUUUGUGUUGGUAUUGACAGCAAAGUUUGUUUUCGUUGUAUUCUCUCUCUCUCUCUCUCUCUCUCUCUCUCUCUCUCUCUCUCUCUCUUGUUUGUAUCUUCUUUGGCUUGCUUGUUUUAUGAAAUAUGAAUGUAUUUGAGGAACUGAGAUGCUACAGUCAUACCAUAGCAUGUACCAAAGUACGUAGUUCUCUGAAUUAAUGAAAUAUUAGUGUAGCUGUUGGAUCUGGUUUUCUUACCAGUUUAAUCUCGAAA